UUAUACCCUAAAUGUAAUAGAGACUUCAAAAGUUCCGGAUAAUACCAAUCUCUUUCCUGUCAAAAAUGAGCCAAUACGAAGUUGACAUUCAAAAUGUCCAAGGUUAAGGUACGUGUAGCUGAUCAAGCUGCUCUGAUUGAUACUGGUGUUUCUGAGUUAAGAACUGCCAUUGCACACAAGCGGCGGCAGUUGGCUGAUAUAGCUGGGAUGCUAAUUCAGCAAUCAACUGUUGAUUGCACCAAGACUCCUUCAUGGAAAGCGAGGGUGUUUUCCGUGGAGUAGGUCAAGUUUGCAGUUCUUGAUGCUUAUAAUGCUUAUCUUGUUGGGAACAAAUUUUUGGACAUGGUUUAAGUUUUCAUCCACGUUAUAAGUGUUCAACCAAGUUAGUACCACAACAAAUUAAAAAACCCAUUGGACAAGUGUGUGUGAAACUAUUCAGAUAAACCCCAUUUUGCCUU